CUUUCGCUGUCACGUUGAUGGACAAUCCUAAUCAGAUCAGGUUCAACCCGAAAAAGUCGGUCCCUAUCUGCAACACAAGCAUAAGAGGCACUUUGACCCUUGAACUAUACACCAGGAACCUUGAACCUUGACCGUUCUUGACCAUUGAUCGUUAACCAUCGUCAAUGACCAUGCCUUGAUUCCGUUCGGUCUGUAAUUGCGGGGUAUAUUUUUUGGUUUGUAUCUCCGUGAGACGGAGAAAGUGGGAGAAGUGGGGAGACCGAAGCUACCGUGAUUUCGUAUGACGUUAGACCGCCCCGGGCCUGGUGCACCAGCCAAGUCCAAUGAACGUCUACUUUGUUUUGUACUUGGACUCUGUUAUGCAUUCGUGGCGAGUGGGAAAUCCAAGAGUGGACAGUGACAAACAUCGAGAUAUCAAUUCCCUGGUUUUCCGACUACCGACUGGUCCGGUAGUACACUGAGACUCCAUACUCCAGUGCCACACAGUAUUUCCUCCUCCGAGGCUGCCCAGGCAUCCAGAUUUCCCAACUUCCACUCUCUCCGUUUCCACUCCCAUCCGCGACACACGUCCACUGUCCGCCAGGAUUCUGGUCUCCCGGUGAUUUGGCGGUAGAAAAAAGGCCCCAGUGUCGCCAAGUGGAGCCCUUUUCAAGCAGCCUGACGUCGCAAAGCCUCAAUGAUCAACUAACGAGUGUCGUUAUGUCUCGGCCCCUCGGCCCCUAAUUCAACGAGCUGCCCGCCAGCAACUACUGGAGGGUCUCAGUCUUCCCCAUCAAAACAGGCCGCUAAAUUCGCUGACGGUUCUCUUUUCGUGUUUUAUUAUUUGCCGACAUUAAACGACUAUUCCAAUCCUAUACUGCUCCCCCAGAGCAUCCCAUAAAUUCGACAUCCGCUGGGUUCGCGCUCUCGGACCCUCGUGUUGUUUGUGUUGCCCUUUCCUCCCCUCCCCCCCAGCUCUCAUUCCUACGCGCAAUUUCCACGGCCGCCAUCGGCCUCCCAAUUCUUCAAACGGACUCUGAAAAGGAUUCAGGGUCCAAUUGCCCGUCUCCGUUUUAGUGUCUGGCUCUGCCGUCCGUUGGGACCUCGUUUGGGUCGGGUGGCACCGUUCUUGGUCUUGGCUCUUUUCUCGUGUGGGAUCGACCCGAGCACCAAAGCUGAUCGACGAUCCGACCUGGGGUCCCUCCUAAAUUAAGCCAACCUGCCAAACAGCCACCAGGGGGGGCCAUUGAGCCUAAGCUAUUACCGACACUCGUAUUCUCCGUGUCCACUUCCUUGAACUCAUUUCCUCUUCUCUUUUUCUUUCCUUUUUUUUUUUUUUUUCUUGCGCUGCUUCUUCCCCUGCUCCCUGAACUCCGUUCCGCAACCUGCUCCUCUUCCGCCAUGGUCCGGUUGCCGUUACCCCAGCGGCUCAGCUCGCAUUUAACCGCGAGGAGCGCAAGCUCGACUCCGGGCCAGAGUAGAAGUACGAGUCCAAUGCGCUCGAUGGACACAAAACCACUAUUGAUCAAAGUCACCGUGAUCAAGGGUCGAAACCUUGCGGCGAAAGAUCGUGGUGGUACAAGCGAUCCGUACUUGGUAGUAACAUUGGGCGACGCCAGACAAUCAACCCCCACGAUAUCGAAGACAUUAAACCCGGAAUGGAAUGUCUCCUUCGAAAUGCCCGUCAUGGGCAUCCCCCUACUAGAAUGCAUCUGUUGGGACCACGAUCGCUUCGGCAAGGAUUACAUGGGUGAAUUCGACAUUGCGCUGGAGGACAUCUUCGCCGACGGUCAGGUCAACCAGGAGCCCACAUGGUACACACUCAAAUCAAAACGGGCCACCAACAGGCCCAGCCGCAAAAUGAAGAAGAAGGAGAAGAAGGAUAGCAAUGUCUCUGGCGAGAUCCUGCUCCAGUUCUCGCUGUCAGACUCGGCGAACCCGUCUGCCUCGCCUGCUGAGACGUAUCGGAAAUUCAAGACUCUGGUCUCUGCGGGCGAGGAGGAUGAGCAGUCCCCUGACGACCAAUCCCCACAACUUGAUCUCGACGAGCUGGACCAAGAGACUUCCGAUGAGACGGAUGAUCCCUCGAAGCCCGACGUCGUUGAGAAGCGCCGCCGUCGGCUUCGGCUAGCUCGUCUGAGGCGCAAGUCUCUGGCUGCCCGCGCAUAUCAAUUCUCGGGCUCUGGCACUGGGGUCCAGGGCAUUGUGUUUAUAGAGAUCGUGCGGGUCAGAGACCUGCCUCCCGAACGCAAUGUAACUCGCACGUCAUUCGACAUGGACCCCUUUGUUGUGACUUCUCUAGGACGGAAGACCCUCCGCACGCCUGUCAUCAGGCACAAUUUGAACCCGGUGUAUCAUGAAAAGAUGGUCUUCCAGGUGAUGAAACACGAGCAGAACUACACCAUCAGCUUCACCGUGAUGGACCGAGACAAGUUCUCGGGCAAUGACUUUGUCGCCUCCGCCAGCUUCCCUCUGCAAAAGCUCAUCCAGUCAGCCCCAGAGGCGGACCCGGAGUCGGGUUUGUAUCAUUUUGUAGAACUCGAUCCCCCCAGUCCGAACAAGUCUAGUUCCCGCUUUGCCAUCAGCCCAUCACCCUCAUCUCAAAGUCUUUCUAAGAUGGGCAGACCUGCGCUCAAAUCCCGCAACUCCGGCAACUCGGUCUCAUCCCUGUCAGUGCACGACACGCCCAACCGACCGGCGCCUACGUCCGUACCUGAAGGGAGUGGCUCUGAAAUGGAUAUCAGUAGCUCUACCCUACAGAUCCCGAGGUCCGGGACGACGAGUGUGUCUACGAGCGAGAGCAGUGACUCGAUCCCUCCCGUAGAUGAGGAGGGAUUGCGAGAAUACAAAAUCCCCUUGGUUCUAAAGAACCGAGACCGAUGGGAAGACAAGCACUCGCCCGAGUUGUUUGUCAAAGCCAAGUUUCUGCCGUACAGCGCGUUGCGCCAGCAAUUCUGGAGACUCAUGCUGAAGCAAUAUGACGCGGACGACAGCGGCCGCAUCGACAAGGUCGAGAUGACCACGAUGCUCGACACUCUUGGAUCCACCCUGAAGGAAUCGACAAUCGAUGGUUUCUUCAAACGCUUCAGCAACGAAAACGAACCUGAAGUGGCCGAUUUAACCUUUGACCAAUGCGUGAUUUGCUUGGAAGACACCCUUCGGUACCUUCAGAAAAAGAACUCGGUGCCCGGUGUGCCCGCAAUCCCCUUCCCACGGAGGCCAGGUCUCGGACCAUCGCCAGCCGGAAGCCAAGAAACGGUCCCAACUAUUAGCAGUGACGAACAACCUAGUUCCAACGACGAGGAAUUGCGGCCCGACGAUCUUGGUGACGAGCGCGGCGAGGAGCACGUUAUUGAGAUCCGUGAGUGUCCGCUUUGCCAUCAGCCUCGCCUCGGCAAACGAUCAGAUGCGGAUAUCAUCACUCACAUUGCUACGUGCGCGAGCCACGACUGGCGCCAGGUUGAUAACUUGGUCAUGGGCGGUUUCGUGACCUCUAGCCAGGCACAGCGCAAGUGGUACUCCAAGGUUAUCACCAAGAUCUCGUAUGGUGGAUAUCGCCUGGGAGCAAACUCGGCCAAUAUUCUGGUCCAAGACCGGAUUACUGGUCAGAUCAAUGAAGAGCGUAUGAGUGUGUAUGUCCGUCUUGGUAUUCGGUUGUUGUACAAGGGUCUCAAGAGCAAGGAGAUGGAGACGAAGAGAAUCCGUCGGGUCCUACGUUCUCUAAGCAUCAAGCAGGGCCGGAAGUAUGACGAUCCGGCCUCUGCUAGCCAGAUCAAAGACUUUAUCAACUUCCACCGAUUGGACAUGUCCGAGGUCCUUCUGCCCCUCGAGAAAUUUCGCAACUUUAACGAAUUCUUCUAUCGCGCUCUCAAGCCUGGAGCACGCCCAUGCUCGGCUCCUGAUGAGCCAAAGAUCGUUGUCUCGCCUGCUGAUUGUCGCUCCGUUGUCUUCGAUCGCAUGAGCGAAGCUACCAGCAUUUGGGUCAAGGGCCGUGAGUUCUCAGUCGAAAGGUUGCUGGGUAAUGCCUAUCCAGAAGACGCAGCGCGGUACAAGAACGGCGCGUUGGGCGUGUUCCGACUAGCACCCCAGGAUUAUCACCGCUUCCAUAUCCCGGUGGAUGGUGUGAUGGGCGAGCCCAAGACCAUCGAGGGCGAGUAUUACACUGUGAAUCCGAUGGCCAUUCGUUCAGCAUUGGAUGUCUACGGUGAGAACGUACGCGUUAUCGUUCCCAUUGACUCUGUUGCUCACGGUCGUGUCAUGGUCAUUUGUGUGGGAGCCAUGAUGGUCGGCAGCACGAUCAUCACCCGGAAGGCCGGCGAAAAGGUUUCUCGAGCCGAAGAGUUGGGAUACUUCAAGUUCGGAGGCAGUACUCUCCUGGUCUUGUUCGAAGAAGGAAUGGUCAAUUUUGAUUCUGACCUUGUGGACAAUUCCAAGGGAGCCUUGGAGACAUUGAUCCGCGUGGGCAUGUCAGUCGGUCACAGCCCCGACAUCCCGCAACAUGAACCGGACAUGCCAAAGAACCCCGAGAAUAUCACGCUCGAAGACAUGCAAGAUGCCAAACGCCGCAUCGAGGGUAGCCUGGCGCCUCCGGCUGACCCAGGAACACUGCCGAGCACGAUACAUUGAUUUAAUCCAUGAGAAUGCAUUGAUUCCAGAAAUGAGAAAGAAACCAAAAUGGAUAGGGCUCAACUCUUCACCAUUUUUCAUUGGACAUAUUGAGUGUGUGGAUGUUUUUUUCUUCUUAUGCAAUGCUGGCGUCGAGGAUUUUUUCUGGGUACAUAGCGUUUUAUCAUCUACCAGCACCUGCGCAUUAUGGAGGAGAGGUCCCCGCGUGAGGGGAAGCCCCUGAAAUAAGAUUACAGACAUGAUACAGUCCUUUCAACACUUGGCUCU